AUGUCGUUUGUCAGCGGUACGACCGACACCGAGGCGGCACAAAAGUUUCUCGAGGUGCUGCAGAAUGAUUUUCGUAACCUUUCGCUGGAGACGAAGAAGAAAUAUCCACAAAUCAAAGAGUCGUGCGAGGAAGCAAUCCUAAAGCUGAAGGCGGCCGGCGCUAAUCCGCAGACACCGGUCUACUAUGUGGUCAACCAGAUCCUGUACCCGCUGGUGCAGGGCUGCGAGUCGAAGGACGUGAAGAUAAUAAAGUUCUGCCUCGGCAUGAUGCAACGGCUGAUCACGCAGCAGGUGGUGGACCAGAAGGGGGCCCGCUACAUCACCGACACGCUCUGGAUGCUGAUGGAGAACGGCACCGAGGAGGUGAAGGUGCUGCAGAGCGUCACGCUGCUGCUGACAACGAACGCGGUCGUGCACGGGGAAACGCUGGCCAAAACGUUGGUGCUCUGCUUUCGGCUGCACUUCACCAAGGACUCGACGACGAUCAAUACGGCCGGGGCGACGGUGCGCCAGCUGGUGUCGCUCGUGUUCGAGCGGGUGGUUGCCGAGGAGGCGGAAGCGGCGGCGGUGGCGGCGGCCGAUGCGAACCAGGAACCAGGGGGGGAGCGUCGGGAGGUGAACCUGGAAGAGCUGAAGCUGGCGACGGGCGUCGCACCGAAGGGCCUGCUGCCGUGUGCGGCCGAUGCGUUUCUGUUGUUUCAGGAUCUGGUGCAGCUGGUGAACGCCGACCAGCCGUACUGGCUGCUCGGCAUGACGGAGAUGACACGCACGUUCGGGCUGGAGCUGCUCGAGUCCGUGCUGACGCAGUACACGUCGGUGUUCUACCGGAAUCCGGAGUUCAGCUUCCUCCUGAAGGAACGGGUGUGCGCACUCGUCAUUAAGCUGUUUUCUCCCAACAUCAAAUACCGCACGGUGGCUCCACAGCAAGGACCGGGCGGUGUCGGAGGUGGGGGAGUGCAAGGGCCCGGGGGUGGCGCACCGCACGAUAAACCCUACUUCCCGAUCAGCAUGCGCCUGUUGCGUGUCGUCUCGAUACUGAUCCAACGCUACCACGGCCUCCUGGUGACGGAGUGUGAGAUCUUUCUCUCGCUGAUCGUGAAAUUCCUCGAUCCGGACAAACCGGCCUGGCAGCGGUCGCUCGCCCUAGAGGUGCUGCACAAGAUGACCAUACAGCCGGAGCUGCUGAUAUCGUUCUGCCGGUGCUACGACCUGAAGGAUCACGCCACCAACAUCUUCCAGGACAUUAUCAACUCGCUCGGGACGUACGUGCAAAGUUUGUUCAUCAACCCGCAGCUGCUCAGCGCGUCGAUGGGUGCUGGUGGCGCGGCAGGAGGCGGUGGGGGAGGUGGUGGAGGCAGCGGAGGUGGAGGUGGAGGUUCGGGAGGAGCUUCGGGGCAGCAAUCGCAGUUGAUGGGUGGAAUGCCGGUCGGGCCGGGUAUUUCUCCACAGCCCGGUUUCAUCUUUCGUGGAGUUUUCCUUCCGCUGGUGGUGACAUUCCCAAGCGGGCAGUCAAAGUCCACGUUCCUGGAGAUGCUGGACAAGAUGGAACCGCCGCCCAUCCCGGAUGGGUACGGCAUUUCGGUGGCGUACGCCUGCCUGCUCGAUAUCGUGCGCUCGAUUUCACUCUCGAUCCAGGGUCCGUCGCAGUUGGGCGAAGAGAAACCGGUCCCGUACGGGCAGCGGGUCAGCGACGCCGACAAGGCACUGCACAUCCAGCUCAUCCACUCGAGCUGGCUGGGACUGUUGACGGCACUCGGGCCGCUGAUCGAUGCCGCCACGGACGAGUCCUCGACCGAGAGUGUACUGAAGGCGAUUCAAAACUAUGCGGCCCUGUGCGGGCUGCUGGAGCUGCAUACGCCUCGCGACGCCUUCAUCACGGCACUGUGCCGCGCCUCGCUACCUCCCCACUAUGCCUUAUCGGUGCUGAACGUGAACUAUCAGGGCACGGCGGGCUUCAAGCCGGCGCAUAUGCGCGGCCUGGGCGGCGGCGGCGGGCCAGACAUGGGUGGUAUGGGGGCCGGUGGCUUCCACGGUGGUGGGCACGGAGCAUCGUACGCGGAGAUCGACCAGCAGCAGCAGCAGCGGCACCCGGUGGUGGCCGUUGGGACGCCGCUGCCGACCUCCUCGCUGCCCGUCGGUGCCCACCAGGGACCGGUGCUGCUGACGGCCAAGAAUCUGCAGUGCAUGCGCUCGGUGCUGCAUCUGGCGCACUGCCACGGCAGCAUACUGGGCAGCUCGUGGCACAUCGUGCUCACCACGCUGCAGCACCUGGCGUGGAUUCUCGGGCUGAAGCCAUCGACCGGCGGCAGCCUGCAGGCCGUCCAGAAGCCACCGACCGACGCGAACUCCAUCACGCAGGUCAUGACCGACCUGCCCGUGCUCUCGACCAUGCUCAGCCAGCUGUUCGAGUCCAGCCAGUACCUGGACGAUGUCGCCCUGCACCACCUUAUCGACGCGCUGUGCAAGCUGUCCCACGAGGCGAUGGAGCUGGCGUACAACAAUCGCGAACCGUCGCUCUUCGCCGUGGCCAAGCUCCUCGAGACCGGGUUGGUAAACUUAGCGCGCAUCGAAGUGCUCUGGCGGCCCCUCACCAACCACCUGCUGGAGAUUUGUCAGCAUCCACACAUCCGCAUGCGCGAGUGGGGCGUCGAAGCGAUCACGUACCUGGUGAAAGCCGCCCUACAGUACAAGUACGAGCGUCCGCUUAAGGAGAACCUUAAACUGCAAACCUUGCUCCUCGGUCCACUGGCAGAACUUUCCUCCGUACCGCACGGCGAUGUCCGGCAGCGUCAGCUCGACUGCGUGCUGCUCGUACUGAACGGUGCCGGUGAAACGCUCUCCCACGGUUGGCCACUAGUGCUCGGCAUCAUUGGUGCGGUGAGCGACCAUCACGGAGAAUCGCUAAUCCGUAUUGCAUUCCAGUGCUUGCAGCUGGUCGUGACCGACUUUCUGCCGGUCAUGCCCUGGCGUUGCCUACCACUGUGCGUCAAUACGGCGGCAAAGUUUGGCUCGCAAACGCAGGAACUCAACAUCUCGCUGACGGCCGUCGGGUUGAUGUGGAACAUUUCGGACUAUUUCAAUCAAAACCAGGAGAAACUGUCGCAAACCGUCUGCGACGACAUGUCGGUGCUGCCCGACUUCCCCGGCACGCUCAACAUGCCCCACUUCGACCGGCUGUGGAUGUGUUUAUAUGCGCGACUCGGCGAUCUGUGCGUGGAUCCGCGACCGGCCGUCCGAAAGUCCGCCGGGCAGACACUUUUCUCCACCAUUUCCGCGCACGGUGGGCUGCUGAAUCCGCCCACCUGGCAGGCCGUCCUGUGGCAGGUACUGUUCCCGCUGCUCGACAAGGUAAGGGCGCUAUCGAGCUGCGCCAGCAACGAGAAGGUGGACACUAGCGGGAACAUCCUGAUACACCAUUCGCGAAACACCGCCCAGAAGCAGUGGGCCGAAACGCAGGUGCUAACACUGUCCGGUGUUUCGAGGGUUUUCAACAACAAGCGUGCCCUCCUGCAGCUGCUGGGAGACUUUCCUCGUGCCUGGGCACUCCUGCUGGAGUUCAUUGAAAAUUCGGCGCUUAGCAAAAGUAACGAGGUUUCGCUGGCGGCACUGAAAUCGUUCCAGGAAAUCCUCUACAACCGCCCCGCACCGCAGCCAGCCCCCUCGUCCGCAUCGACGGGGCCGACGGGUGACGAACCUGCCCGGCGGUCCGAUGGCCAAACGUCCGAGGCCGACAUUUGGAAUGUUGCGUGGCGCGUAUGGUUAAACAUUGGUGCGGAAAGCACGAAACCCCCAUCGGUGGGUGAACUGUCCGAUAAGGGUGGCGUUGGUGGUGGUAGUGGUGGCGGUGGCGGUGAGGAUCUGUACAUUCCCAGCCAGGCCUUCCUGACCGCACUGGUGCACAUCUUUCCGGCGCUGUUCCAGCACAUCCGGGCACGCUUCAACAGCAAGGAUCUGACGCAACUGUGUGCCGUGCUGAUGAACGCCGUGGCCGUUCCGGUGCACAGCGAUUCGACGCCUUACAUUAUGUCCACGAUCUCGGACUCACUGCUAACGCCCCUGCACGACGGCGUACUCGACUGCAUGGAGCUGCUGCAGAAGGAAGCGAUCGGUGGAGGUGGCAAUGGUGGGCUGAAGAGUAUGAUAUCGGCCAUCUUUAAGCAGUUGUUAAGUUUCAGCAAGUUUGCCUGCGCCCCACCGAGCUUCGAUCGGGUCGAAACGAGACCGUUGAAAUCAUCCCGCACUGGCAGUGUAGGAGCGAGUACGAACGCUGGAAGCAACACCGGUGGCGGUCUGGUUCAUCCCGUCGUGUCCUCCAACACGAACGGCGUCGAGUGGGUCAGCAUGAACUACAUUCCGUUCGGCGAGAAAGCGCUCACGGUGGCGGUAAAGCUCUACCAGCAGACGGCCAACGACGUGGCAGUAAUCGAUGGGCAGAUUUUGCACGAGAUCAUCCGGGCGCUUCAUCUACCGCUGUCGCUCAAGUACAAGUGCAUGUCGUCGAGCACGUGGAAGUUGGCCAUUUCGAGCUUAAUCAGCGUGCUGCAUACCGGGUUGCCUGUGGCACGGAAGCACCCAAAACCGUUCGCCCCAAUGUGGAAGGAUUUGGCCGACACGUUGGAUCAGUUCCUGUUCACCAAGAGUGUCUGCAUUGUGGAAGAUCGUGGCCUGGACGAGCUGAUCCUCGACGAAACGAUCGACUGUCAGGUGAUCGAGUUGAUACGCGACGAAAUUCUCCCAUUCAGCCAAGAGAUCCCGCAGCAGUUCAUCCUGGACGCGGUGGUAAUCUUGAACAAGGGUUCAAUCCACUCGGCCACCACCGGCAGCACACCGUUCGCGGGUUGCGAAACCGAGCUGAAGCUGCGCGAGGAGUUUGCCAAGACGUGCUUCGAAACGUUACUACAGUUUUCGCUGCUGGACGAUCGGGUCGGAUCGCAUGCGGCGGCUGCGGCGGCCGCGGUCACGGGAGCCGGCGAUGCAAAGGAUAGCAAUGUGGCCAACAACAACAACACCAGCGCCACGACGACGGAGGGAGGCAUUGCGGGACAGCUGGCCAUUACGGCACUGUUGCAUCGCUUCGAGGAGGUGCUGCGAAAGUUCAACGAAGAUGAAAGAUUGAGUGGAAAGUUUCCGUUGCCAAGGUAUCGACUUUCGGAAAUUUCCUUCGUGCUAAAGGCCGUCGCCACCCUUGUGAUAUCGAUGAAGAAAGCACCACCGGCCAAAGUGGGUACCACCGCCUGGGAGCAGCUGAUCAACCUCUACCCUUACCUGGUGGACUGUACAACCACCAGCUCGGCGGAAGUGUCCCGGUCGCUGCGUGAAGCGCUCCUGCAGUACUGUGAUCUUCUUCGACCUCCACCAACGGCGCUGGCCGAUAAUGGCCAUACCGCUCCCGGUACCGCUAGCGAGAUCGUUAAUACCAACGGCAUCAGCCACUGUUAGCUGCUGUCGCACACCUCGUCCAGUUUCUUCUUUCUCGUGUGGUACGACUCCGGUUUGCUGAUGAAGUUACUGGUCUAGAGGGUUAGCACGCCAUUUUGGCUAGCAAAAUGAAAGGAGGGGAAGUUAUGACAACGACGGACGAAAACAGGGGACACUUUUUUCCGAAGAGCAAAAGCAAGGCAUGCUACUCUCCACACGAGAAGCAACACGUUAGCAACAGAAUAUAAAUGCAAGCAAAACAGGAGACAAAAGAAAAUGGUAACGAAAGUUUUAGCAAAACAAAAAAUUAAAUAAAUCAUUUUAAAGAAGCCAGUGAACGUAAAGAGCGAAUCAGGAUGGCAUAUUAUUAGCACAUGAAGUAGAGCAAACGGUUUUCGAAGGUGUGUUUAUAUUUGUGUUAGUUAUUAUCAGCACCCGGGCGUAGCUUAAUGCUAUCGGUAUUAUUUUUCACACCUCAAUUGGCAACAGGCAAGUGGGGCAGCGUGCAAACCAGAGAGUGGCCACCGAGAGUAGUGGAUCCAAUGCAUUAUUUUCCUCGUUUCGCACAUCGUAUAUUGGUAUGGAAGCAUCAACACAUUAGGAACAUCGCAGUAGGCUCACAGCUUUGAGCGAAAACGAUCAUUUAUCCAUAUCACGAUACGAUUCCGUUCCGUUCCGUCGAUUUACUGCGUAUGAUAAGCAUAUUUGCAUUACAAGUAUUUUUCCUCCAGUUCAUACGAAUUAUACACAUCAUUAUACACUAAACUUUUUCGGUAGCGUAGCUAAUGUUCGCGUAGCGGUUCACUCCUGUUUCGAGCCUUUCAUUCGCACUUUGCGAUUACAGUUCCUCUCUUAAAACACACAGAUCCACUAAAAAUAACCCACAAGUUUAACCUACCAACGCAUCUUGCAACAAUGCCUCUUCUAUGAAUCGAUCAACCUUUCGAGCAUUAGAGAUUUUCUAGUUAACGUUUAGUCUUGAACGACCGGUCCGUGUAAGUUACCCGGUGACGAGUAGGUGCCAAGAAGAUGUAGUGCGUGCGGAACGUGGCCAAACAAAAUCUAUACCGUUCAUGUUUUUUUUACGAUGCCGCUUUUGAUACACUUAGCACAUUUAUGGGUUCAAUACCAGGAAAAACCAACCAUUGAAGCAUUUUUGAAUCGGGUUAUGAUCCAGCACAUUCUGUUCCUUCAUUUUUCAUUCAUUCGGCUUCCUAGCGGAAAAAGUUACGAGGCGGUUAAAAAACAGACCAGCGUGCCGAAUAGGUAGUUGAAUACUUUCUCUAUUGGAACGGAAGAGACGCACGGCGAGAGAAGAGGAACUCCCUCCCUUAUUAUAGGAUCGAAUGCUGGAUGUUAUUACAGCGUCCGAGUCGAUCCGAUCAUGAUGAUUCCUAUCGUUCUAUCACCAUUUAAAGUAGUUGUUUAGUGAGACAGAGAGAUUUGCAAGGAGUAAUCGAAAGUGAAACAAACAUUCAUCUUACAUGGUUGUGUUGAUACAAAAUGAAAAAGAGAGUAAAA